CAUUUCCUCUUUCGAUAAUCGAUGCACCUCUUAGACAGAACAAAGUCUCACCCAUAUUGGACCCCUUAAAGAAGAUCAAACAUAAAUUCUUCGAGUGGCACCAUGGAGGCCACCUGGCACUGACGACUGUGAAGACUGACAAACGUUUGUCCUGCUGUGGAAUUUGUGCAAUACCUGGUGCUGUUGGUCUCCAGCACCGAUGCAUCCACCAGUGUGAUUGUGGAUGAGAGUGUGCUAUUGUGACAUGGCGACGUACAUGUAAUAGUAUGUACGCAGUGUGCUGAGUGUGUGUGUGUUUGGGUGUGAUGUCAGGAGACACGAGCACCCUGUCCUGGAGGAGCAUAUCUCCCACCAGUCAGUCAGAUUCUUCGGAUGUGUCUCCACCAGCAACUGUUGACAGGAGUCCUGUCGCACUCAUGAAGAUCAUCAAAGUGUGUUUUCUCAGCAACAGCUCCAACCUGGGGAAGAACUUCAAACUGGUUCGAUGUGAAGAGGGAUGGACUGUCAGGGCAAUCAUUAACAUGGUACUUUCUAGUGGCUGUGUGGGACCAGAGAUAAAUCACAACCUCUGCUAUGGCCUCCUCCUCAAACAUCUGAAGUCCUCAGAAAUGCACUGGCUUCAUCCAGACCUGACUGUGUCUGAACUCACCCAGCGCUAUGAACAGCAGCACCUUGAGGCUGAGUGGAGAUAUGACCUGAGGAUCAGAUACAUCCCAGCAGAUUUUAUGGAAAAAUUAAAAGACGACAGAACCACUAUGCUCUACUUUUAUCAGCAGGUACGAAGUGACUACAUGCAGCAGUAUGCCUUAAAGGUCAGUGAUGGGAUGGCCCUACAGCUUGGCUGCCUGGAAAUUAGGAGAUUCUACAAAGACAUGAAUCCGAAUGGAUUGGAGAAAAAGUCCAACUUUGAACUCUUAGAGAAGGAUGUGGGUCUCCACCUGUUUUUUCCCAGAGAGCUGAUGGAAAGCAUGAAGCCUAAGCAGUUUCGUCGGCUGGUCCAGCAGACAUUCCAGGGCUAUUCCACUUUGAACCAGGACCAGUGCAUGAUGAAGUUCUUCACUACGCUGGCCCAGUGCUACAGCUAUACACAGGAGAGCUUCGCCUGCCACUUGAAACAUGGAUGGAAUCUGACAAUAGAUCUGGUUAUUGGUCCUGAAGGCAUCAGCCAACGAACUGAAAAGAACGCAAAAUCCACCUGUCUGGCCACUUUCUCUCAGGUGCGCAGUAUUUCCUGCAGCAUGGAGACUGAAGGUCGAGCUCUGCUCACUGUGCACAUAGAAGGAGCCAAACAGCCUCUGGCAGUAAACACCUCCUCCCUGGCUGUGGCAGAAAACAUGGCCAACCUGAUUGACGGUUACUGUCAACUGGAAGGCAGCUCUGAAGGCUCGCUUAUUAGCAGACCUAAAAAAGGAAGAGGCACAAGGCUGAAGCUGCCCAGCAUUCCAAAACAUAAUGAACCCAGUGGUUGUAUCAAAACUAUAGGUUCAGGUAUUUAUGCUGAGAUUCCUGAAGACAAAGAAGAUUAUGGUGAGAAAAACACAAUCUCCAGAGGUGACAUCAUCGUGGGACGAAUCCUGGGUGAAGGAUUCUUUGGAGAGGUUCAUGAUGGCGUUUACAAAAGCUUGACAGGGGAGAAGAUACGGGUGGCAAUAAAAACAUGUAAAGAAUGUUCAGCUGAUGUGAAAGAGAAGUUUCUCAGUGAAGCUGAAUUAAUGAAAAAUUUGGCUCACCCCCACAUUGUGCGUCUAAUUGGAGUUAUUGAGUGCGAUCCUGUGUGGAUCAUCAUGGAGCUUUAUGAACAUGGAGAGCUGGGGAACUAUCUGGUGGAGCAGCAGUACAUUCUGUCCACUGUCACCUUAAUCAUUUACUGUCUACAGAUCUGCAAAGCCCUGGCUUACCUGGAGGGGCUCAACAUGGUGCACAGAGAUAUCGCUGUGAGGAAUGUGCUGGUGGCCUCUCCUGACUGUGUCAAGCUCGGUGACUUUGGUCUGUCUCGCUACAUUGAUGAACAAGAAUAUUACAAAGCCUCGGUCAGUCGUUUACCGAUCAAAUGGAUGGCACCAGAAUCCAUCAACUUCAGACGCUUCACCACAGCGAGUGACGUUUGGAUGUUUGGUGUUUGUGUAUGGGAGAUCUUCUCCAUGGCCCAGCAGCCCUUCUCCUGGCUGGAGAACGGGCAGGUGAUCAUCCAGUUGGAGUCAGGGGUUCGACUCCCUAAACCGCGGGGCUGCCCUCCCACUGUCUACUCCUUACUGACACACUGUUGGGCCUAUGAGCCCCAUGCUCGGCCCAGCUUCAGCCAGCUGGUCUGCUCCUUCAGCGACAUUCACAGGAUGGAGGCAGAACAGCAGGCGGAACACAAAGGUCAGAAAUGGCAAAUUCGUCCACAUUCCAUCACAUCCUUCACUGAGCUCAGCAGUGCACAGCCUCCACCCAAGCCAUCCAGAUUACACAGCAGCACCCUUUACCGAGGCAUGAAUUUACAGGGAAUAGAGAAGGAUGGGAGGUCGGCAUGGGAGAAAGAGAGAGAGCAAGUGGAGCACAUCAUCCAAAUACAGCAGAGAGACAUGCUGAUGGACAAACAGUGGCUGGAACAGGAGGAGAGACAACUGGACCGUGCAAUGGGGCAAGAGCCACACACCAAGCCUCCUGAACAAAAAGCAGAAAAUGGUCCUCCAAAGAAACCCCCUCUGCCUUCCACAAUUACACAGCCUCUUCCCACAGCUGAGCUGGAUCGAUCAGGUGAUCAGGUUUAUGAGGGGGUCAAGGCUAUGGUGAAACACGUGGUCCAGCUGAAGAAUGAUGUUAACACUCUGCCUGUCUCUGAGUAUCCCAACGCUAUCAAAGCAGUUGGUUUUACUCUUCGUAGCCUGGUUCAAAGUGUUGAUGAGAUCUUGCCUUCCCUACACAGCUCUCUGAGGACAGAGAUUGAGGGCACUGAGAAACUCCUCAACAAGGAUUUGGGAGAACUGAUCAAUAAGAUGCGACUGGCCCAGCAGAACUCUGUAACAUCACUGAAAGAAGAAUGCCAACGGCAGAUGUUAGCAGCUGCACACACUCUGGCACUUGACUCCAAAAACCUGCUGGAUGCCGUGGAUCAGGCUCGAGUCAGAGCCAAUUUAGCAAAACCAAAAUCAAACUCAACAGACUAUGAAGAUUCAGUGGACUGAAGACUGAGCAAAGAUCAAUUGGUUUUGGUAAAAUAAAAAAACAAAACAAAACAAAAAAAACAAAACGUGCAGGAUCUGUAUUGGAAUUAGUUGGGAGAAUGGAAGGAAAUCUUAGGCAACAGCUUUAUUUGCCUGUGCGCAUUUAUCUUCAUCGCAAGUAAUCAUUAAAGGGCAAGUUAACUUUUUUUUAAAGAUUCACCUGCAAUAAAUAAUUAUCAAUCAAACCUCUGAGUGUUCUACUCCCAUAUAAGAAUUGGAUUUUAUCAAUGUUUUUAAAAAAAAAACCUGCUGAAAAAGAACUAAAUAGGGAUGAAAAAGUGUGUUUGACAGCGCUCUGAAUUAACUCAAAAUCGUAAACGUGCAUAAUGAAUUUAUACAUAGAGUGAUCUGAAAGUUUGUGCACCCUUGAGCUUUUCCAUGUUUGAAUUUUUCAUGACAUCAAAAAAAUCAGGUGUUUAUAUUAAAAUUUCAAAAAUGAUGCCCUUUCAACUCACAGUGAAAAGUAAUAUCUGCAUCAUGAAGUAAAAUAAAUAAAAGCUAAAAUGAUGGUGUGCGUAAGUAAGUGCACCCUUUUGUAUCACACAUGUAAACCAUCAUUUUUACAUCCAGUCUUCUUCAGACAAGUCAGGGGAUGGAUACAGGAACAUUUCCAAGACACUGAUUAUGUCUUGGUGGAACAGUGGGUUAGUGGUUAGCACAUCAAGAAGGUCAUGGGUUCGAUUCCCACCUGGUCCUUUCUGUGUGGAGUUUGCAUGUUCCCCCGGUGUUUGUGUGCGUUUCCUCCUACUGCUCCAGCUUAGACAUGCAGAAUAGGUGAAUUGGUGACUCUAAAUUGGCCGUAGAUGAACGUGUGUAGACUGGUAUAGAAUGUGAAUGAAGUUGUCAGUGUUAUUUGUUACUCUUAUGAGAAUACAAUUUUUUUUAAUCCUGCCACAUUGAUUUUCAAGACUUAACGUUCUAAAGGAAUUUUCCAAAAAGGUUUUCUCACAAAUAUCUAAGAAAAGCACUCAGAGGAUUGAUUGUUAAAGUUUUAAUAUAACCAGGACUGUUAAAAUAAAGUAUGCUUUGAAAAAUAUAUCCUGGUAAAGUAAAAACUGAGCCUCUCUUGAAGUUGAACAUGUCAAACUACAAUAUUAAAAAGGUAGUAAUUUG